UCUGUCCCACGUCCGUCAGCGUGACCUACGGAAGUAAACCAACGUACACAACAAAGAUGGAGGGUGAAAUUUCAGAUAUGAACAGACCUCAAAUGUACUUAUUUGGUUGUACCCUCAAAUCGGACAAACGGGAGUACAAAGUCGAUGUCGACGACGAUGAAACGGAGCAACAGUUGUCAAUUAAAGCAGCCUGCUUGGGAGCCGAGGCUGAGGACAAGUUCCACAUGGUGGAAGUGGAGGCCCUCACAUAUGAUGGAAAGGCCACCAAAGUGCCACUGGUCGUGCUGAAACCAUCGGUCCUGCCCUCUAUGAGUUUAGGUGGAUUUGAGAUCACGCCGCCAGUUACCUUACGUCUCCUGUCAGGUUCCGGACCCGUGCACAUCAGCGGGCAACAUUUUGUCAGUGUGAAAGAGUCCGACGCUGAAGAGGAAGAACACAACACUUCUCCGGUGAAGCGUCCCGUGAGCUUGAUGAAGGGGAAAAAGGCUACACUGAAAAAGCUAAAGAUGGAGACGGAUGAGGACAGCGAUGAGGAUGAUGAUGACGACGACGAUGAUGAUGACGAUGACGAUGGUUGUGGAAAUGCAGUGACACCCCAGAAGAGUGGCAAGAAGGGCCCGGAAAUGUUGAAGGCCAACAAGAGACUGAUGAAACAUAAUGGCCCUGCGGCAAAACCAUUAGGAUCAGGCCUCAAAGCAAAGGUUAAGACACCUGUUCCAGGAAAAGCCCAAACCCAGGCCGGGCCGUCUAAAUCUCCGUCUUUGGCUGAGAUAAAGAGCAAGCUGUCAGCGGCAGCUAAAGAGGGGAGACUGCUGCCCAAGACGGAGCAGAAGUUUGAGAAUUUUGUGAGGAACUCCCUUAAUAUUUCAGACAAAAGUGUGGUCAAGGACCUGUGGGGAUUUGUAAACACGGUGAAGACGGAGAAGAAGUAGACGUCCACUCGCCUUCUUGUGAAAAUGAUGUUGUUGCAAUCCCAUCAGGUGAUUUAAAGGCACAGUCGGCGACAUUUCCUACUUAGCCUUGUAUCGUGUCAACUUUUUUUUUUUUUUUGAUAAGACUCACAAGGGACUCACUCCUUUUUUUUUUUUUUUGAGGCGCACAACGUAGAACCGGUAGUAUUUUCACAUUUAGCAUAAGCCGCCCACCUUGUCACAUGUCAAUCCGCACCACCUGUUGGAGAGCCAGGCGACACGCAGCCGCGGUUCAGACCUGCUGUUGAAGUGCCACCUGCUGCUUUUCCAUUCAUACAUACAUACAUAUGAAGAGCUUGCAACCAAAAAGGCGCUAAAUCCAUUUUGACUGAUUUCGAGAAAAUCAAUGAUUUUGAACUACGCACAUAUCUAUGGAGGACCAAAACUGCCCAAAUAAUAAAUAAAUAAAUAAAAGUGAAAAUAAAAACAAAAAUGAAAAAAAAUUAAAUACAAAAAAAUAAAUAUAAAUGGAAAUAAAAACAAAAAUAAAAAAAUAUAUACAUAAAUAAAUAAAUAAAUAAAUAAAAGCAAAAAUAAAUACAAAAAUAAAAAACAAGAUUCAAAAAUUAAAAAUAGAUACAAAAAUAAAUGUAGAAAUAAAUACAAAAAUAAAUAUAUAAAUAGAAUUACAUAUCAAUAAAUAAAUAAAAGCACUCUGCUCUCAUAUGUAUUUAUUUCAUGCUGCAGACAAUGUCAGCUUGAAAUGCAGAAGGAAAAACUAUUCAAAUGAGGGGGCGGUCCUAAGUGUGUCUUGGGUUGAACUGUUCGCCUAUUGGUUGAUCGACAUGUGAGUGCGAAAAUCGACUAGGUAUGCCUGCAAACAGCCACAGCAAGAGGAAGUCACCACACCACUCUCAAUGGCGGUAAAUAUGGCUGCAAUCUCCAGGGAUCUCCGUUUGCUAGCAGAUAUUUCACCAUUAUUGUCCCGGUAAAUGUAUACUUUUCUCCCUGUAUACUUCCUCUUGCUGUGGCCGUUUGCAGGGAUUUAGCUCCUUUUGGUUGAAAUCUGAAAUGGAAAUAGCGCCUUUUGGUUGAAAGCAUAAUUUUUUUUUCAUAUUUUUAAAAAUGAUUUCAAAACCAAAAUAUGUGAUUUGGAUACACAUGACAGAGGUCUAUUAAACUCAUGAAAAACAUGCAACUUAGUGAAAAUUAGAUUUAGCGCCUUUUGGUUGCAAGCUCUUCAUACGUGCUGCAUACAUUACAUUAUUAAGGCAUUGCAGGAAUUGAAUAAUGAUAAUAAGACAAAUGAAUGCCUGAAUUGAUGCAACAUCUCCAGUCAUGACUCCCUCAGGAUAAUGAGCAUCAUUCAAUGAUGUCUUGACAACAAACCCAAAAUGCAUGCGACUCCAUCUUCUUCAAACGGUGAGUUUGAAGUUCUUUACACACACACACACAUGUGUGAACGCACGCGGGUGUAAAUCCUACAACAGUAGCUAUAAAACAUAAAGCACCUGCAGAUGUCACAUUUUAUUACAUUCAGGUGCUGCAAGGUGUUUAAUUGCGCGCAUGCUGGGAUCGGCAUGUCUGCAUCUUACUUUACUUGUGUGUUACAUUUUUUUUUUUUUUUUUUUUUUUAAUUCCACCAUACCGGCCGACACCGAUUGUGGAAGCUCCGCCUUCUGUUAACAUUCCAGAAGAGUCGAUAAUGUAAUAGGAAAUAUUGCAGAAUGUGCCUUUAAAUGUGUGUACUGUACAUGUAAUGAAAUACGUCCUAGUCCUUAUGUGAAUGACAGCCCAUGUUAUGUUUGUUUGAUUUAUAUGACUUUGUUAUGAAUGCUUUUGUACAGUUUCCGUGCUUAAGAUGGCACCGUCAACACCAAAGCCACGGUUUGGUUACCCUGCAGUCCGCUCACUCAUCUACGUAGUUACAGUACAACGCUGCGGUAACUGCUGCAUAUCUUUCCAACUCAAAACGUAUUUUCUCGCUUAAUAUUCUUCCAGGAAUACACCUGGCGCUUCUGGAUCAGACGGGUGUCAUUCUUUCCCUUUCUGCUUUUCUCUUUUUAACGCGUUUAAUGCAAAUACAAGGCUUUAUUCCCCGCGGAUCAUGUGGAAAUGUAGAAACCCGCUGCAGACGUAGCGAACGUCUCCGAUGGAGGAAAAUCAGUGAGUUCUAUAAAACCUGACAGAUGGGUUUUUCUCUUUGACUUCUCAAAGCGUCGCAUUAAAGAAGAAAUUAAAAUCACAGGGAACCAUCAUGACGAGUUUGCAGCGGCGCAUGUCCGAGUGGCCCGCGGUGCGUUUGAACGUAGGAGAAUCCUGUGAUUCAGCGAGAGCGCGACGUUUAUUGCAACAUAAUCAUAAGGUAUCUAUCAGAGAAAUGACAUGAGCAUCCAAUGAUGUCACCUUGACAGAAACCACAUUAAGUACACAAGCACUCCUUAAUUGUUUGCACUCGCGGAUGUCUGACGGGCUAAAAGCGUGCGCUCAAUCCACGCUUAUUAUGUGUUUAUGAUGCCGUUUUACGGGGCAAAUGUUGGCACCGGGAUGGCCAUCUUUUAACGAUACAAAUGGCUCGCGCCAGCUUUGUCGCUAAUGAUUACUGGGAAUAUAACCUUAUAAAUGUCGUUAUCUCAUCUACUAACUCUUCGUUUGUCGCUAAGUCUCAUUUUACUUUUAUGUUAGGGUCCCACGACUGAAGAAAAAUGUUUUUUUCUACAAAUACACUCAAACAAAAUAAUCAAUACUAUACUGUUGUGUUUGCUCCCAACUGAACUCAUGUACACGAAAGGCAUAUUUCUUUCAAAUAUCACCAAAUUUGUGUUAGUGAGUACUUCUCCUUUGCAUAGCAUUAGCCUGGUCACAAUAAAAGUCCACCACAAAUGUACACUUUUACUGUAUUGGGGUUUCUGACAGUUUGUAGUAAUACAAAGUGAUUAUUUGUUUCUAUUGCAACAAAUACCUGUGACCCAUAAUGCAUUGUGAUCCAAGAUGGUGGCGUAAACAAAACAGAAUCCAAACAAAAAUUUUGGUUGCUAACCAAAAAAAAACGCACUAACCAGGGUGGACGUUAACUGAGGUACAACUGUAAUUGCUGUGGUGUAACAUUACUGACACCCAGAGGCCAGUGUAGAAAACUACAUAUCACUAUAUAAUCUUUGAAUUUGUCUUCUAUAUGCCUUAUAUUUAAUUUUUUUUAUUUCAUUUAACUAUUUUUAUAUGUGAAGCGACCCUCGUGAGGAUAAGCGGUAGAAAAUGAAUGAAUGAUUGAAAGUGCUAUUUAUACAAUAUGCAUUUUUUUUUUGACUGACAGGCCGUGUUCAACCACAAAACAGCAAUAAUUAAUCAAUAUGUUUUUGAAAAACAUUAAAAAGAGGCUGCAAAAUUUGAGAGUGCAAAGUGAGAAUCGUGCUGUGCGACAAAAACUGCACAUUUGUCCUUGUAUUGUGGCCAGCCUACUGCACAAUAUUUGAGAGAAAUAUGGCUUUUUUUUAUGAGUAGAAAAAAGUUGUACAUGUUGAGAUGGGAGCAAAAAGUAAAGUUGUGUAUUUAUAUUUGAGGUGAGUGUAAUUAUUGUGUAUACGGCAGCUGAACAAGAAUAUUUGAGUGUGUAAUGAUACUUCUUAAUCCGCCCUUGUAUUGCAGCUUUUUUUGUUGUCUUUUAUGUUUUAUUUAAAACCCCCAGUGCUCUUUUUCUCUAGUUUCCCUCAUUAUUGUUUGUGUUUGUAGACUGUACCUGAGUGCAUUGUGUUGAUGGGGUUUUAUUAGGACUACUCUACUGUAAGAACGACUCCCUGAAAAAACGCUAAAAAAAACUGUAGUUUUGUAGGUAUGACUUCAUAUCAGGUGGAAAACAUGACUACGGUCAAAUGUGAAUUGCUAAGGUGACUCAUUUUGUGUCUUACAAUUGCAACAUGGUUCAUUCAUUUAUAACCAGCCAGUACAAUUUGCCUAAAUAAAAGACAAGUCUUGACAUGGUC